CUGCUCACCAUGAGCCACCAGGUAAAGGGCCUGAAAGAGGAAGGACGAGAUGGAAUGAAAGGGCGGGCGAGGAGCGGCUCUCCACGCACAGGUGACAGGCUGGGAAGGAGUUCCUCGAGCAAGCGGACUUUCAAAGCCGAGGGGACUCCCGGCAGGCGCGGAGCUCAGCGAAGCCAGAAGGAGCGCGCUGGGGGCAGCCCAAGCCCGGGGUCUCCCCGGAGGAAGCAAACAGGGCGCAGGAGACACGGAGAAGAGCUGGGGGAACAGGAGCGGAGCAAGGCAGAGAGGACCUGCCAGGGGAGGAGAAAGCGGGACGAGAGGGCUUCCUUCAAGGAGCAGACAGCAGCCCCAAAGAAGGAAAAGGAGAUUCCGAGGAAGGAGAAGUUGAAGCGGCAGAAGAAACCCAGAUCAUCCUCCUUGGCCUCCAGCGCCUCUGGUGGGGAGUCCCUGUCUGAGGAGGAACUGGCCCGGAUCUUGGAGCAGGUGGAAGAAAAAAAGAAGCUCAUUGCCACCAUGCGGAGCAAGCCCUGGCCCAUGGCGAAGAAGCUGACAGAGCUCAGGGAGGCCCAGGAAUUUGUGGAGAAGUAUGAAGGUGCCUUGGGAAAGGGGAAAGGCAAGCGACUGUAUGCCUACCAGAUGCUGAUGGCCAAGAAAUGGGUCAAAUUUAAAAGAGACUUUGAUAAUUUUAAGACUCAAUGUAUCCCCUGGGAAAUGAAGAUCAAGGACAUUGAAAGUCACUUUGGUUCUUCAGUGGCAUCAUAUUUCAUCUUUCUCCGAUGGAUGUAUGGAGUUAACCUCGUCCUUUUUGGCUUAAUAUUUGGUCUAGUCAUAAUCCCAGAGGUACUGAUGGGCAUGCCCUAUGGGAGUAUUCCCAGAAAGACAGUGCCUCGGGCUGAGGAAGAAAAGGCCAUGGAUUUUUCUGUCCUUUGGGAUUUUGAGGGCUAUAUCAAGUACUCUGCACUCUUCUAUGGCUACUACAACAACCAGAGGACCAUCGGGUGGCUGAGGUACCGGCUGCCUAUGGCUUACUUUAUGGUGGGGGUCAGCGUGUUCGGCUACAGCCUGAUGAUUGUUAUUCGAUCGAUGGCCAGCAAUACCCAAGGAAGCACAGGCGAAGGGGAGAGUGACAACUUCACAUUCAGCUUCAAGAUGUUCACCAGCUGGGACUACCUGAUCGGGAAUUCAGAGACAGCUGACAACAAAUAUGUUUCCAUCACCACCAGCUUCAAGGAAUCAAUAGUGGAUGAACAAGAGAGUAACAAAGAAGAAAAUAUCCAUCUGACAAGAUUUCUUCGUGUCCUGGCCAACUUUCUCAUCAUCUGCUGUUUGUGUGGAAGUGGGUACCUCAUUUACUUUGUGGUGAAGCGAUCCCAGCAAUUCUCCAAAAUGCAGAAUGUUAGCUGGUAUGAAAGGAAUGAGGUAGAGAUCGUGAUGUCCCUGCUUGGAAUGUUUUGUCCCCCUCUGUUUGAAACCAUCGCUCUCCUAGAGAAUUACCACCCACGCACUGGACUGAAGUGGCAGCUGGGACGCAUCUUUGCACUCUUCCUGGGGAACCUCUACACGUUUCUCUUGGCCCUGAUGGAUGAUGUCCACCUCAAGCUUGCUAAUGAAGAGACAAUAAAGAACAUCACUCACUGGACUCUGUUUAACUAUUAUAACUCUUCUGGUCGGAAUGAGAGUGUCCCCCGACCACCACUGCACCCUGCAGAUGUGCCCCGGGGUUCUUGCUGGGAGACAGCUGUGGGCAUUGAAUUCAUGAGGCUGACGGUGUCCGACAUGCUGGUAACGUACAUCACCAUCCUGCUGGGGGACUUCCUACGGGCUUGUUUUGUGCGGUUCAUGAACUACUGCUGGUGCUGGGACUUGGAGGCUGGAUUUCCUUCAUACGCUGAGUUUGAUAUUAGUGGAAAUGUGCUGGGUUUAAUCUUCAACCAAGGAAUGAUCUGGAUGGGCUCCUUCUAUGCUCCAGGCCUGGUGGGCAUUAACGUGCUGCGCCUGCUGACCUCCAUGUACUUCCAGUGCUGGGCAGUGAUGAGCAGCAACGUACCCCAUGAACGCGUGUUCAAAGCCUCCCGAUCCAACAACUUCUACAUGGGCCUCCUGCUGCUGGUGCUCUUCCUCAGCCUCCUGCCAGUGGCCUACACCAUCAUGUCCCUCCCACCCUCCUUUGACUGCGGGCCGUUCAGUGGGAAAAACAGAAUGUAUGACGUCCUCCAAGAGACCAUUGAAAAUGAUUUCCCAACCUUCCUGGGCAAGAUCUUUGCUUUCCUCGCCAAUCCAGGCCUGAUCAUCCCAGCCAUCCUGCUGAUGUUCUUGGCCAUUUACUACCUGAACUCAGUUUCCAAAAGCCUUUCCCGAGCUAAUGCCCAGCUGAGGAAGAAAAUCCAAGCGCUCCGUGAAGUUGAGAAGAGCCACAAAUCUGUGAAAGGCAAAGCCACAGCCAGAGAUUCAGGGGACACACCUAAAAGCAGCUCCAAAAAUGCCACCCAGCUCCAACUCACCAAGGAAGAGACCACCCCUCCCUCUGCCAGCCAAAGCCAGGCCAUGGACAAGAAGGCUCAGGGUCCUGGAACCUCCAAUUCUGCCAGCUGGACCGCGCUGCCUGCCUCUGGACACCUUCCUAUAUCUCGGCCCCCUGGAGUCAAACCAGAUUCUGGCCACGCCCCAUCUCAGACUCAUCUGUGGAGGUCAGCCUCUGGGAAGAGUGCUCAGAGACCUCCGCACUGAUGGAUGGGACUCCAGGCAGCCUCCAUCCUGGGGCUGAUCCUCAAGUUCCCCAGUUUUCCAUAUACCAAAUUGAGGUUCUCUCCCCUCUUUCCUCUCAGAUACAUGCUCUCUCUCCUCUCUUGGAAUGUGUGAACUUUGAUUCCUUCAGGCCCUUGUCAGCUACCAAAGGAGGAAGACAGUGGCUUCACCUAUCUUUUAGGGAACCUGGAGGCAUCUCUGCACUAACUGCCCUCACCAAUAUCUUGGUCCAGACAGCUCUGAACCCCACACUCGCAGUAGUUGACAUCGCCUCCAGAUUUUGGGAGUUGGGGAAGGGCCAUGACCACCCUCGUAGACUUUUUCCAUGGGACACAGUUUAGGACGCGGGUUUCUUCCAGCUUCCCUAGCUGGGAGGGGGAUGCGGAAGGGCCUACAUUUCUCAAUCCAGAGGAAG